AUGGUGCCCGUUCUGUAUCACCACCUCCUUUUCCUCAUUGUGCUCACACCAGGAGAUUCUGCUCAAAGGAUGAAUGCCAACCAUGCGCCUCUAAAGCAGUGUGCUCUGAAUGAGUCAUCUGUGGAGCUCCUUGUGAAGAUUCCUGGGAGCGUGGUAGAAGGAACAACAGCCACUCUCACAUGUCAAACCACCUGCAAUCUGACUGACCCAACAUUCAUCUGGUACAAAAAUGGACGUCCUUUAACCACAAAGACCAUCAAGAACAACCAGCUCCACCUGCAGACGGUCAGCAGUGAGGAUGCAGGCAGUUAUAGCUGUGCUGUAGGAGGAUCUCAACACCUCCGCUCUACUGCUCACAGCCUCAGAGUCAGAUAUCCUCCAAAGAGGGUCUCCGUGUCCAUCAGUCCCUCUGGUGAAAUAGUGGAGGGCAGUUCAGCGACUCUGACCUGCAGCAGUGAUGGAAACCCACCUGUGGAAUGUUACUGGUUUAUAGGAACAUUAUUAGUAGUUAAAGAAAAGAACUACACAAUUCCCAGUGCCAGCUCUGAGGACAGUGGAGAAUACAAGUGCAAGUGCAGGAAUGAACUUGGAGAGAAAUACUCUGAAGCUCUAACUCUGGAUGUUUGGUAUCCAACAAAGAACAUCUCAGUGUCCAUCAGUCCCUCUGGUGAAAUAGUGGAGGGCAGUUCAGUGACUCUGACCUGCAGCAGUGAUGGAAACCCACCUGCGAAGAACUACACCUGGUUUAAAGAAGGUGGAACCUCACCUGUAGGAUCUGGACAGAAUUACAGCAUCGUCAACAUCAAUGCUGACCACAAAGGGUGGUAUCACUGUGAGGCUUGGAAUAAGCUUGGAAAACAAAAUGUGGCUCUGUCCAGGCCUCCCGAUGACAACAACAAGGUUCUGAACACAUACGCUACCAGCGAAGAGACAUACGCAGGUCUUAAUGAUACAGGCUCUUCCUUUUUUGAAGUGUACCAUGCUCUCGACAACACAUACGUGGUUCCUGGAUACACUGAGGAAUUCGUCAUUUGA